AUGGUCUUUUAUUACGUUUGGUGUUUGUUUGCUGGAGCCUUCUUUGGAAGUGCUCUAGCUAACUCUGUGGAAAAAGCCUUGAUCACAAAUACAACACAUUUGCCGGAUCCGUACACUCCUGGAACGUACAAUAUGUCUGUCUUGAAGUCACACGAAGGCGAUGAAGCGAGUAGCUCUACCGCUAUACAGCACGGAGACGGCGAAGUGAGUAGCUCUACCGCUAUGGAGAACGAAAUAGGUGAGGAGAGGGUUACAUUUUCCUUCUCUGGCUUUGAAGACACGAUAUCUCGGUUUACCAGGUUUUUUAAGACAAAGGUCACGAUAGAUACAUUGAACAGGUGGGUGAAGAAAAAUAAAUCUCCAACCGCCGCUUUUAUAAGGUUUCGUCUGCACAAGGCCGGGAACAAGUUGUUUGAGGACCCAGAUUUUAUGCUUUGGAUUGAGUACACGAACAUCGUCGCUCCAGACAAUCCGUAUGAAACUAUAAUUACGACCCUGAUGAAGUUCUAUACUGUCGGUGAUUUGUACAAAAUCCUUGAAGCAGCAAAGAUGGACUCGGUGACUACUGUUCUUGCCACGAAUCUCCAGAGACAACAUAUAAGCGAGUGGUUACAAGUACCCCCUAUCCAUCCAAAUACUAUCUUCACAUGCUUGGAGCUGGAUCGUGGACUGGAUAACAUGUUUUUUAAUCCAAAUCUUCCAGUCUGGACCACAUACUCCAACAACUACAACCUAAAAUACCCGAUAGAGAAGACAUACGAAGUUGAAGCGUUAUUAGCAAGCUACGGACCCCAAGCUGUGUUUAAAAAGCUUGUAGCGGCGGAGAACGUUCCCGAAACGAAGGCAUUAGCUACGAAAUGGCUGAAUGAGCUGUUGGAUUUCUGGGAUUUCAUACAUGUGGAACCCGUAAAGGUAUUUGCGUUGAUGGAACUUGAUCGUGAUCUGCAUGGUCUCCUCACAAACCCGAGUCUGCAAAAGUUUGAGCAAUUCUUGGAUAAAGUGUAUGCAGGUGGAUCACAUGAGGAAAUGUUUGCUCGCGCGAUGAUAGCUUACUACUCCGAAGCUGCAGUGAAUACAAUGCUUGAAGCGGCAAAGGGUGACCACAGGACAAGGGAAAUAGCCACGAAACUGCAGGCGGGGCUGCUACAGGUGUGGAAGAAGGACAAUGUCGACGCAGGGUUAGUUUUCAUGUCGUUGGAUCUUCACUUUGACCCCAUUUACUUUGAUGAGUCAGGCCUAAACGCCUGGUUUGGGUUUGUUGAGCUUCUUGGGAAAGACAAGUAUAAUACGGUGAUCCGUUCAAUGAUAGCGUAUUUUGGGGAUGGUUUCAUUUCAUAUCUGUUGUUAAGCGUGAAGAAGGAUUCGCAUUUUACAACCGUGGCCUCUGACUUGCAGGCUGAAUUGUUCACGCGUUGGGCAAGACGUGGAGAAAAGUCAGAUCAAGUGGAUAAAUGGUUAUACGGGAAAGAAGGCAAAUCAGAUGAUGACCCGGAGAAAACGCUUUUGCAGAUAUACAACAGGCGAUACGAAGAAGAAGAAGUUUGGCGGGUCGAACAUGGUCUUUUGAAGGAACCACCGAUGGUUAGACGUGGCAACACGUAG